CAGUUAGUAUUUGCCAGUUCAAAUGCUGCCGGCGGUCGGAAGAGUUGAUAGCUGAUCGAGUGCUCCGUCCGCGGUUCUUUUUCCAUUCCUUCGAGCACGUUGUUUGUCCCGGAUUCCAAUCCAUCUUCGCGACCCGCAACUAUCAGUAGUUUACUGGCUCCCCCUUUGCGGAAGAUGAUGAUUUGCUGAAAGACAACAACACCGCAAUAACUAUCAUAUAUCAUCCUCGAAUAAAGUUGGCAGUAAAGAGGCAAAUAUGGCUGUGGAUUAUGUGCUGGAGGACCUGAUGGGAAAACUAGGGGAAUUUGGAAAGUACCAGUUCCUUCAGUUCUUCCUGCAGGUGCUUUCCGGCCUCACCGCUGGCAUGCACAUGCUUUCGCUGGUCACCGUGGCCGCCGUUCCCGAACAUCGGUGCUUCAUCGAGGGCCUGGACAACAGCACGUUGUCGGUGACGCCGUGGAACUCGAGCGCCAUCCUGGCCGCCAUCCCACUGAAGGCCAAUGGCGAACUGGAAUCCUGCCUCAUGUUCGAUCCCUCUAAUUUGGGAUCCAAUGCCACUGUUAAGUGCACAAGUUACGUAUACGACACGACGUACUACAAGACCUCGCGCACCAUUGACUGGAACUUCGUUUGCGAACGCCGUUGGAUGGGUUCCAUUGUGCAGACUGUUUUUAUGCUGGGAGUGUUCACUGGUGCCGUCACACUGGGCGGACUCGCCGAUAAAGUGGGCCGAAAGACCGUGUUCUGCUGGUCAGCUUUAUUCCAACUGAUCAUCGGCGUGGGCGUGGCCUUCAUUCCCGAGUACUUCUCAUUCAUGGUGGCCCGCUACCUGCUGGGCAUUGUGGGAUCUGCGGGCGCCUACAUCUGCGGCUUUGUGCUGACCAUGGAGCUGGUGGGUCCCAGCAAGCGUACUGUGUGCGGCAUUACCUUCCAGGCUGUCUUCGCUGGUGGCAUCAUGUUGGUUGCGGGAUGGGGAGCACUGAUCCACGACCACCAGUGGCUGCAGGUGGUCUAUGGACUGCACGGCUGCCUGUUCCUGGGCCACUGGUGGUGGCUCGAUGAAUCUCCGCGCUGGCUGUGGAUGCAGGGUCGGGCCGCCGAGGCCGUGGAUAUUGUGGCCAAGGGGCUGAGGAUAAAUGGAUCUGGCAUACCGGUGGACAAGGAGUACUAUGUCCAGAAGGCCAAGCAGCAGGCGGCUGCGGAGGAGAAGACCAGUGCUGGAUUAAGUGACCUCUUCCGGACGCCCAAUCUGCGGAUGAAGACGCUGAAUGUGUGCCUCUGCUGGUUCGCCAAUUCCCUCGUUUACUACGGACUUUCGCUGAGUGCCGGCAAGCUGUAUGGCAAUCCCUACCUGAUCCUGUUCAUCAUGGGCCUGGUGGAGUUCCCUAGCUACAUAACCAUUGUGUUUGUCCUGGAUCGCCUGGGUCGUCGAUCGAUCACCUCCACUUUGAUGUUGGGUGGCGGUCUGUGUUGCAUCGUGGCCGCCUACAUUGAUCAGAGCAGCUCGACGGCAGUGGUGUUUGCAGGAAAGCUCCUGAUCGCCGGAUCCUUUGCCGUGAUCUACAAUUACUCCGCGGAACUGUUUCCCACUGUGGUGCGAAACUCGGCCAUGGGAUUGGGCUCCAUGUGCGCCCGUCUAUCUGGCGCCCUUACCCCACUCAUCACAUUGCUGGACUCGUUUGAUCCCAAGAUCCCAGCCGUGCUGUUUGGCGUGGUGGCCCUGCUUUCCGGUUUCUGGGUGAUGUUCCUGCCGGAGACCAUGAACCAGCCCAUGCCCGAGUCCAUUGAGGAUGGCGAGAACUUCGGAAAGGGCGAUACUUGGUUCAGCCAGUGCGCUGGUCGCAAAAAGCGACAGAAUAGCGUAUAUCCCGAUUAUCCCGAGCAGAUGGUGCCGCUCAAGAACAUCGAGAGCAAGUGAAAAGCCAAGCCAAAGUCCCACAACCAGUUUAAUGUCCUUGUUACCCUGUUUUUCUUGUUAAGAAUUCUACUCUUCUGUUUAGUAGUAUGUUUUAAGAGUUGCUAUCCAUUCCAAGAGAAUAAAAUGAUGCUGCAGAUUGGGUAAAACUAUGGUUUUACCAAUUUCUGUGGGUCCUUAAGUUGUUUGUAAA